AUGGUUCAUAUUUAUUUUGUUAUUUUUCUAUCAUCCGUUAUAAUCAAUAGUGAAGCUACAACUCAGUUGAAUAGAAGUAAAGAUCUCAUGAAUCAAACAUCUCAUACCACUCCAAGAACAGCUACAACUAAGAAAUGGCAAGUUGGCAGAGUAACUCACAAACGAUAUGAAAUUAUCAACGUAUUGUGGAGGAAAACGAAAAUUUUCGAUGAUAUUGAUGUUAUAGAUACAUUUGAAGUUAAAACAUCUGAUGAUAAAGAAAGGUCCCACUCGACAGCCCUACACUAUUUUCCUAAAGAAGAUAAUAAAUUGCUUUAUUUGAAAACAUCCACAACCCCCAGUAACAUAGAAUUUUACUAUUCAGAUCUUAAUGAUGAUAGAAUUAAAAGGGGGCAUUCUUAUAAAAAAUCUAAGAGCAACGACGCGCGAUCUAUUUUAAAUUCUCCGAUGUUCUUUUUCCACGUACAAUACGACACUUGUAAAUCGACGCCGGCUCCAAGUUUACUCACACAAGCUUUACUAAGCAAAAAUUUAAUUAAAGAAAUAUCCGAUGUACGCGACAAGUUUAUGGAUUUCCAUAGUGCUUCUUCCACUAUACGGAAUUACGAUGAUGAAACCUGCCCAGUAACGACAUCCGAAAUAGAAAAUAUUAGUUCUCCUCAACCAAUAGGGACUGGAUCUAUUGUUAUCGAAAAGAGGUCACUGCAAAAGUCAAGCGAUGAUAGGAUUAAAUUCUUUGAAAUGUACGAUAGUGAUACUCCAACACCGCAAAAUAAUACGAGAUCUCAUAAUAGUGACUUCACAGAUAUAGAUUAUAAUGAAAAGCUUUUCAUUGAACCGAAGCACGUGAAUAUAAACUCAACGAGAUACGUGAAAAAGCAUGUUGAUCUACCGACUGAAAGCGAUGAACGCGUAAAUUAUACUGAUUAUUCUCAAACAUUAUUCAGAUCCACGGCAAAUAUUCCGACGCAGAGAAUUAAUUUUUCAAAGCAUUCCUAUAUCAGCCGACCCGCUGCUUGGUCGGAGUUCUCUUUUGUUGCUGUGUAUGUUUAUGAACCAUUUCAGGUGCGUUGUGAUGCAGCUGGGCUAAGCCCCCACUGGCUCUUAGCAUCCGGCUCAUGUUUAUCCCGGAAUUACAAGAACGAAUAUUCCACGAACGGCCAGUCGGCGUUUGUGGCUUAUUGCACGGAUAACUGGAUGUAUUACGAACGAAUAACUUAUGUUAAACACACUUUCAUACACCCGCGUUUCGACUUGAAAGACCGCGCGAAGCAGCAUUUAUACAAUAUCGGUGUCAUCCAAGUAGUGAACUCCAUGUCUGAAACUUGUAACGGUUGGAGUCCAGUGUCACUGAUGUCUCACGAUAUGGCUGGAAAUCCUGACGAUGCAAAAGGUGUAGCAGUUGGCUGGGGAUUGGACAGGCAAGAAGCCAACAACGUGGAGAUACAUAACCUGAUGAUGUACGAAAGUCAAAUACGUUCAGAUAUGUGUUCUGGGGAUGUUUCUUACAGAAAAAGGCACAAAAAGCUCAACAACGUUUAUUGCCUGUCAUUACCGACGGUUUCCGAUGAGACUGAGGGUCCUGUGCAUGGCGCGCUGCUGUUAAUUGGCGGGAAACUCAUUGCUUUGUAUCUGAAGGAGGAACGCCGUCCCUCGGGCGAGCAAUCAGCGUUGUACACUGGUGUGUGGCGUCACAUUCCCUGGUUAUUGAAGAUAGCCACGGAACCCGAGGAAUAUUUAACGCUCGCUUGA